AUGGCUGCCACUUGCUGCACCAGGACAUGCGUGCUGGCUGCGUCCACCGUGUCUGUCUGCUCCAGCGGCAGCCGGCCCUGCUCACCCAGCACCUGUAUCAGCUCCUCCUGCCCAGUGGACAAUGGCCAGGAGAGCUGCUGCGAGCCGCCCUGCUGUGCCCCCAGCUGCUGCCAGUCUAGCUGCCAGCCCUCAUGCUGUGGCUCCUCCCCAUGCCAGGAGUCCAGCUGUGUGACCCUCUGCUGCAAGCCCGUGUGCUGCAAGCCUGUCUGCUGUGUGCCUGUCUGCUCAGCGCCCUCCUGCUGCCAGCAGUCUAGCUGCCAGCCCUCAUGCUGUGGCUCCUCCCCAUGCCAGGAGUCCUGUUGUGUGACCCUCUGCUGCAAGCCCGUGUGCUGCAAGCCUGUCUGCUGUGUGCCAGUGUGCCAGUCUGAGGGCUCCUCCUGCUGCCAGCAGUCUAGCUGCCAGCCCUCAUGCUGUGGCUCCUCCCCAUGCCAGGAGUCCAGCUACCUCUGCUGCAGGCCAGUGAGCUGCGUGCCCCUCUGCCCAGCACCCUCGUGCUGCCAGCCCAGCUGCUGCCCCUCAUCCUGCUGCAGACCCUCCUCCAGUGUGUCCCUGCUCUGCCGCCCUGUGUGCAGACCCGCCUGCUGCGUGCCCGCCUCCUCCUGCUGUGUCCCCACCUCCUGCUGCCAGCCCAGCUGCUGCCGCCCGGCCUCCAGCGUGUCCCUGCUCUGCCGGCCUGCCUGCCCCCGCCCGGCCUGCUGUGGCCUCUCCUCGGGCCAGUCCUGCUGCUGA